AUGGUGCGACAAGCCUUCCAGACCUUCUCCAAGAGCUCAAACCCGCUCGUGCAAGAAUUCCUGGCUGCCGUGAACAAUGAGACAACCCAGCAGGAGUCAUCGCUGUGUAGCUUCCUCCUAGACGUGAAUGAUAUGCUGUCUGAAGUAGACUCUGAGCAGCAGAUGGAGCGUCUGCGCACCCUUGAUGAUGACUCGAGAGAGGCAGCCUGGCAAACUCUGCUUGCGAUAAGCAACAGCAGCAGCAAUGGGACUCAGAACUCCUCGGUUGCUGAUGUGAUGGCACGAUUCGGAUGCAACAACCCGGUUCGGCAUGAGUACAUCAACGGCUUUUGGGGCGAUUACUACUUCUUCGACCCCUCAGUGGAUAUGAGCAACGUAUCACUGUCAGAACUCGAUCCUGACUUCUCCAACGUAGAGAACACCAUCGAUUUCCUGACUCUUGAUGACUUUUUGGAUGGACACAACGAGUACAAAGACAAGCGAAUCGCUGCCGUAUGGGUGGGAUCCAUCAGAAUCUAUGUUUCUGGAGACUACCAAUUCACUGUUAUGUCCUCUAAUUUCUCGACUUUCUCCAUCGACGGCGUCUCUCUCAUCAACAACACGGGGUUCUCUGGCAUACAUGAAGAGAACGCAGGGAUAUUCCUUGAUUCCGGAUAUCAUGAUAUCAAGUUGGAGUUCUAUCAGACUGACAAGCCUACGACCAUGAUCUUGACGUACCAGGGGCCAGACACGCUAGAUAAGGACAGUCUGCUUCGAGGUUUCCAUCUCGAGCAAGUGAAGGAGCUUUUCCAUGACUAUGUGGCAAAGAGAUCAAGAUCGAUCUAUUCUGCUGCGAAACCGGUUGGGGCUCAGCCUAAGAGUACGCUGAGAUCAAGACUGAGCACGAGGCCGACGCGUCGUCAAGCCGCUGUCAAACCCACCGGACUCGCGUGGCCCACUCCUCAAAAUCGAGCGUUGACCCAUAAUCUAUCUCCUCUCCUCCACCUGAUCAGUUCAGCAAAAGGCAAGUCAUCGAGCAACCCGAUUGAGAACCGUGCUCCCAAUCGUGUCAAGACCGAAGAGAAGAUGAAGCAGCUGAAGGAGCUUCAGAGCGAGGCGGCCAUUUACCAAUCAAGGACGUGA